AAACGCAAAUUGUUUUGCGCGUCGAUGUUUGUCAUGUUGUUGCUGAAUAUAAAGCCAGUCUGACGCACACCAUUAUGUGUCAUUGCGGUGAUUUAUUUAUAGCCCUGCAAAGAUCUAAGAUGCAAAGUUUGAACCGAUUUCAUUUGCAUUGUAUCAACUGUACAAAAGUGAAAGCACCAAAUAACCGACGAGGACUGCCCAUUCAGCACAUCCAGUUAUUUCAUAUGUGCAUAGAAAUAAUAAUUUUACAUUCCUUUUCUGGUUUCAGUUUUGCAUGGAAAAUACUGAACCGGGUAAGAUUUAUAUUACAGUCAAAUGAAACGAAAAAUUAAAAACAAAGGUCAAAAAAGUCCAGUGGUUUUAGAUUUUAGAUGCACCGUGGCCUGGGUGAUUUCUUCACGGCGAGGCCAGCUAUAUGAUUAUUAGGAGUUUUAAUUUGUGUAAUUUAAGGGUAAAGGGUGCUAGUGUGUGACUGUGCCUGCAGAGUGCACUGCCCUCCUUUUUCCUCUGCAUCAGUGACCAUCUCAGCCCCUCAGCCCCCCCGUUCCGACCCGACAAGUCUGACACCAAUGUGCAGUCACUUCUUCUUUCCUUUCUUUUGGUCUUCACUCAGUUCCUGGGUGUGUCCCUGUCUCAACUCUGAGAAAUAAUUUUCGUGGGAACUCUGUCGCCAUUGGCCAGCCAUAAAUCAGCUGCUAGAGCCUGACUGUUUGGCCAACACACACUCCGCGACGGUCUCCUCUUAUUACUUUGGGCCCACUGUGGGUGUGCGCACCCGGUGUUCACCCUUCCUAGUACCGUGCCUUCUGGGUGUAUGUUACCGCAAAGGGCACACAUACCUAGGACAGAAUAAAUAUUCUGUGUCAGUGUUCUUGUCAGUAACACAGGAACGGACUUGUGCUGGGUAAACGGCCUGCUCUGGGGAAAUGGGAAGUGGAGGCAACCAGAGGACCAAGGUGCCAUAAAAAUUCCACAAGGAGAAAACCAAACGGAGAGCGCCGAACGCAGCAGCAUGCCUCUAUUUAGGCGUCACGUCUGUGUGAGACUCUGCGCUGAUCCCCUGUUUUUCGCCUAACCUUCUGAUCUUUCUCACGAUCUGGACAAUAACCGAUAACUGACUAACACUUUUGAUAAGGCGCGUUGGUACGGAUAUAAUAAUGUGCAAAACUGGGCCGAGGAUUUUGAAUGUAGCAACGAUUUUGCAACAAUUUCAAAAUUUUUGCUUUGUUGCUGUUUGAAUGAACAACUUAUUUUCUGUUUUGGGUCUCCAACUGUAGUCUAAAAAUAAUGUUGUUGUUGUUUUAUUAUUUUGCAAGUCGAACAGAAUGAGUAUACAUUUACAGCGGCGCAACGUCUUCGUAGGCUAAAUACAAAUAUGGAAAAGUACAGAGGAUGCACAUAUGUAUUUUACUACAUGAGUACUGAUUGAACACUGUACAUUUUUAGGCAUUUCAAAAGAACAUCGGCUUCAUUUUAAACCAGGCAUUGCUCCUAUUGUAUCAUUUAUCAGCAACUUGUAUUUUCUUUUCUUUCUGGUUUCUUUAAAUUCCAAACUGACAUUGACUAACGAUAAACCCCGGUGCUAUUACGUUUCUUACACAAAGAAAUAAAAUGUUAUUAUCCAUCAUAUACUGAUAUCAUACGCACAAACUAGACUGCUAGAAGUGCGACGAUGUUCGACAGACGGUUAAAAAGUCAAAAUGACAGAGCAGUCGCCGUUAAAGUAGACCGAAAUAACGCCGGGUUGUGCGCAAAAAAAAGCUUGCAAUCAUCUAAAUGAUUGUUGUUCUGGCGUCGUUAAAUUUUAACCUGCUUAUAAACGAUUUUUGUGCGUUCAUAUAAAGCCUGGCUAUAUUUAUAGUUAUUAUUUUGCAAAGUGGUAAAAAGAAGGAGCCUUGAAUGGCAGUCUGUGUGGCAUUAUUCUAUAAAGCGAUAUUUGGCUUUUAUCUUUCCUUCGUAUGUUUAUUCAUUAGUCUUUUUUUUCACACGGGGCCGUUCAGUUAUUUUAUGAUUGUCAGAAAAUGUGUGGAAAAAACACGUCCCCGCUUUCAAUUGGUUUUUAUUUUAUUAGCUGCGCGCGCUAUUUCCACUCAUCGCCCAUCGCAACAUGCAUAACAGAUUCCGAUCGAAUUAUUUCUGUACACUAUCAUUGCAAAGAUUGCAUUCUCAGCGUGUCACUUGUUGUAUUGUUUAGGAGCCCGUUGGUUUUUGCCGCAAUGGUCGUUAACCUCUGAAUGACCCCGUGCGGAGCCCACGCCUCAGAAAGCACCGCAGACAGGCAGUGCGACAGUUGCGCCAGAGGAUGGCGCACCACGACAAUUCAAAACAGCCAAGCCGUGGCUCCGAGUUUGCCCUAGCCACGAGCGCAUGGAGGCGCGCGCCCUUCACAUCCCACCCAGUAUUUCCUGCGUGCACGAGUUUACCUCUGGAGGUCACCAAGCAGGAUUUACGACUGGUCAACAAAAGCACGUGAUUCUUCGCCGUACCCCAUAUUUGGGUGCCUACGUAAGAGAGAAUCAAGUCCAUGUCCCACUCAUUUCCAUAAUUCAUCAUAAAUUGUGCAAGGGUGCUAUAGGACGCGCUAAACCAUAAGAGCCACAAAUCAAGAACACAGGUUUAUGCCAUUUUACCUCCUAAAAUAAUAACAAACAACAACAAUAUCUACAACGAGGAAACUGUCAACAAAUGAGCUCCUAUUUUGUGAACUCAUUCUGCGGUCGCUAUCCCAAUGGCGCGGACUUCCAGUUACAUAAUUAUGGAGACCAUAGUACGGCAAACGAGCAAUACAGAGACUCAGCAGCCAUGCAUUCCAGCAGGUAUGGGUAUGGCUACAACGGGAUGGACUUAACAGUCGAGCGGAGCAGUACCGGACACUUUGUGGGCAACGAGCGGACACCGGGCUACUCCCCGAGUCACUCAGCGGCGACAACACCCUCGGUGGAGCCUGUCAGGUACAACCAGUCCGCGAACAGCACCGGGAACUCGUCUCUGUCGCCUCCACCUGACCCUCUACCGUGCUCCUCGGUGGCCAGCUCGUCUCCGGUCACCGAGACACAACCCCAACACAGAGCCGUGAAAAACUCAAUAACGACCCCGUGCUCGAGCUCCAACGGAGGCACGCUGCUGCUCACCCGGGACUGUGUUUCCAAAGCUUCCCCCCUCGAGGACGAGAAGCCUGCGGGAAGCGCACCACCAACUCCUCAAAAUGUCACCGACUCAGCACAGCCCCAGAUAUACCCGUGGAUGAGAAAACUACACAUAAGUCACGAUUUGUCUGGACCAGAGGGGAAGAGAGCCAGAACCGCAUACACUCGGUACCAGACCCUGGAGCUGGAGAAGGAGUUUCACUUCAACCGGUACUUGACCCGCAGGCGGAGGAUCGAGAUAGCCCAUGCACUCUGCCUCUCUGAGAGACAGAUCAAAAUCUGGUUUCAGAACCGUCGGAUGAAAUGGAAGAAAGACAACAAGCUGAAAAGCAUGAGCAUGGCGGCUGCAGGCGGGGGAGUCUACAGGCCUUGAUAUUCACACCUUUCCUCUUCAUACCGAGCACUACAAAAAUAAAAGAUUGUCAUAUCAACUUCUCCCCCUAUUCCAAAAGAGACUUGGUUGUUUGCGGGACAAGGGGCAACCCACAUAAACCUUCUCUAUGUCCAAUAACAAUCCUAUUAUAUUCUAUAAUUUUCUUUUUAUUCUCACCGUUGUUAUGCUUAUGUGAGUAAAAAAAAAAAAAAAGCAUUAUGUACAGUUAUGUCUAGAUUUAGAGGAAAAAGAAACACAUGGAAAUAAACGUUUGUUUAAAUUAUUUCUUGUUCAGACGGAGAAAAAUAAAAAAUAAAGACGUCAAAGCUUGAAAUGCAACCCUGCAUAUACCGCAAGUAAAUCCAGUAAAUUCUGUGUGAUGCACUCAACAAUAACAGCAUUAAUAAAUAGAGGGUCGAGGUUGAGCUACAUUUGUGUUUAGCCUUCGUUUUCUAUGUAUGUACUGUAUAUGUAUGUAUUUAUUUGUUUGAUGUAUUGUACCGACGUGUCAGAUAACUUGCUUCCAGAAGUAGAGCCAGCAGAGUACGUAUAAGCUUUGUGUGACUAUUGUAUGCGUUGUGAACACAUGUAUGGACAGAGGUGCGGACUCACCCUUUGUGUGUACAGUAGCCGUGCCUGUAUCUUUGUUUUUGCAGGAGCUGCUGUUAGCGUUGCUCACCUGGGUGCAACAUCUUAGUAAAAAACGUGUUUCGUCUCCAUUUUCUCUAGCUGUUCUUAUGUGGAGGGUCCCACAGUAAACCCCAUUGCCUAUGUGUAUAACUCCAUCGUGAUGAGCUUUUUGUAAAUGUUUUUCAAAGACUGGAAGUCAAAAUAUGCUAUAAUAAUGAUGAUGACGAGGGUGAUGGCCGUGAUAAUAAACUUUCUACUGGAACGGCAA